GAGUUCAAAUCCAAGAUGUCCUACAGAUGGUACAGUACUCCGAGAAGAACAAGUGAGUGGUUCGCAUUUACAUAUUUAUAUUCAAACAUAUUUGUUCCAAAAGUGGUACGCUAAUUGAUGGCAGCGGGCAUAAUACUCAAAUGUUUGGUUACCUUAUUCCAUCAUUUCCAUGGUAUGCUUACAUUAUCAGAACAGUGGUAAUUACAAUUGUGGACGUAGCGCUUGAGACCAUUCCUGUCAACAUUGCAAAGUUGAUUUACGCUGACAAAACAAAGGUCAUCACGCUUUCUUCCCUAGUUCAAUGUUGUGCACAUCCCCGCAAUAACUUUUGGUAAUUUACCACGACACAAGCUCAACAUUCGGUUGGGGAGUUUUCCAUCAAUCUCUGCUCUCAGAUUAUCAGUCGAAUUUAAUUUUGUUGCAACUGUCAUAAACGUGUAUAUUAGCUGGAUUUGAACUCGGAGAACAGCGAACUUAUGCAAACGACAUUUUUUGUCAAACUGUGUUUAUGUCAGUUUGUGGUAUAACCUUCAACACAUAUGACAAAACCUAAGAUUUUUAGAGUUUUUUUCCUUCCUUACACGAGCGCUAUGAUGCAAAGUUAUUUUACCAAUUUUUGGGUGACGUUCUUGUUGACAAAACGUCGCUUCCUUAAGGUCAUGAUUCAUUAGUAAUUGUUUUGGGGUGAAUUUGAGGGGUGACGUUUGUGAUAUGCUCGUAGUAAAAACAGAAAAAAAAGUUGGGGUCACCGAACUCGUAUCGAAGAUAUGACAUAAGACGCCAUCUUGACCCUUUUGCAAUGCAAGUUAUAGGAACAAUCGCAAUUCAACCCUUACUGAAUUUUUUAACAAGGAUCCUACUAAUAAUGUCAAUAUAGUGAUUAUAUACACGAAAACAUAGUUAUAUCGUAUUAAAAGCGAUUGACGAGCAUUGUCGUGUCGGAAAGACGUCUUUUCCCAUCUUCUCAGACAUAUUAUUUUGGGAAGCAUGCGCGAAAAAUGCAAAAUAUUACAAGUUGUAGAAAUGAUUUUUCUCUUGUUUUCUGAUAUGACAUGUGAAACGUAUGGAAGAACAAAAAUAUAUAAAAUAAAAGAGUAGGACCAUGGACCUUCUUGAAGAGAUACAAGGGUUAAACAUGCAUCAUGAUGUGUUUAGUGUUAGUUGCACAUGCAGGGAGCCCUUCUGUCAUUUUUGAAGGUAUAUAUUUUCUGAAGCACGCCCAUAAUCAAUGCAGAGUGUUUUUCUCUUUGCCCUUACUCUUUCUUUAUUAUUUUACAUUGCAGUUCGACCGACACCGCGGAAAAAGUCUGCGCAUGCACCAAAUUAUGAAAAUAUGGCGCGGAAUUUGAAUAUCAAUUUCUAAAACAAAAACAUGCUUAUUAAUUGGUCAAAAAUUAGUAAAACAAACGAGAAAAUAUAACAAAUGGGUAGACUAGACAUUAAUUGAAAGCGUCCUGGCAUUUAAAGUAUGGAAUGAAAUAUAAUUCAUGUAAAAAAUUGCUGAUUUUAACGGACACGACUUCGAACAUUUUUGCAAAAUUAUUCAAAACAAAAAUUCAAACUCAAAAGUUAAGAAAACUCUCGAAAAGUUAAGCCUCUUAACCCACUCAAAUUGUAGAAUAAAUCCUAAAGUUUAAUUAUUGUGAACAAGAAAAUUUUUUAUAUUUGGCGACACAGUUUUUUUUAAAGAAAUGUAUCUCAAACGAAAAUUCGGAAAUUGUCGUUGCUUAGUUGAUAAACAAAAUGUUUCAGACGAUAAAUUUGUCAACAAUCACCUUUAGUUCAUGUUCUUGUACAAUACAACUUCUUGAACCUUCUGGUUGUAUUUAUUCCUAGUUUUUAGAAUGACAUGUUUAUUUUUGCGCUCGAAAUCUGGCUGUAAAGACGCACAAUGAAGUCACUCCUUUUUACCGCCAUUUUGAGCCUUCGGAAACGUUCGGAACAGCUUCUCAUCAAUACUAUUACAGGUAAGGUUGACGCAUGCGCAGACGUUUUUCCGCGGUGUUAGUUCGACCACAUACAUUAGCUAGAAUUUGUUAUUAGAUAUGCGCAGUAAACUACAGCAAAAGUGCGCAAUGCAAAACUGAUGAAUGACCUUAAGCUCACUAUUUAUAGUUAAACAAUAACUCAAACCUUUGGGAUUUGUCGACAUUAAUUUCUUUCAGGUGUUCCCCGAUGUUUUCACUAAGCGUGAGCUCAAUGGAUUACAUUUGCAUUGUACCAACCAAGGCUGUCCUUGGUAUGGCACUUAUGAAGCACUCGGGGUGAGUUGGGGUGGUAAGAAGGAGAGAGGCAAUCUCGUUCCCUGAGCCUGCGAUCCUCGGGAAGGAAAGCAAGGCUCUGGGAUAAUCCGUUGCCAGAAGCCAGGAAUCCUGGCUAAGAUUGAACUGCGCAUUCCAUAUCAACGGCCAAUCAGAUUCCUCCCUGAAACGAAUUAUCCCAUAGCCUCGCGUUUCUUCCCGAGGAUCGCAGGCUCGGGGAACGAGAUUGGGAGAGAGGAGGAACAAAGGUGAAAAUAAUUUGACGAUGUUAGCGCGCUGUCGCUUGCCUCCGAUCUAAGCUUGCCACUGUAGAUUAAGGAUAAGGGACUUACUUAGCCAGUUUGCAGAGUGAGGAUUGUUCACUAUUCUGUUGCACGAAGAUGACGAGCCCUAGAGACCGUAACCAUUUCUUUGUAAUUUAGGGACAUUCUGCUGUCUGUGAACAUGCUUUGAUAAACUGUGUCCAUUUCCAAUGCAAUAUGAAAUUCCAACGCUCUCAUCAAGGUGAACACUUGAAAAGUGACUGUGAAUAUCGGAAUGUGAAGUGUGAUUUUUGUGGGAAGGAUGUCAUCUUUGCCUCGAUGAAAGUAAGUUAAAAUUAUAGUAACUUUUGAGAACAGUUUGAACAAUCCAGCAUGCAUGUCGCGUCGUCUUAUGUAAUUAACCUCAAACCUUAUAAUUAUCCUUGAACCAGUACGGUAUACUCAUUUUUACUCACUGUUCAUCUAGGAACAUGUUGAUACGAUUUGUGAAGAUGCACCCGUCACUUGCAGAUACUGUAAGAAAGAUGUUAUAAGAAAAGACAUUGAAAGACACGAGAGACGCGAUUGCAAUGAGGCUCCGGCGACUUGUGAGUAUCAAGAUGUAGGAUGCAACCACGAUAAGGUAAUAGUUACUUGCUGUAUUCGUUGACACACGCAGGUUUUCUCCCGAUAAUUCUGUUUCAGUUCUUCCUAUUGUAACUUUGCACCAAUAUAGGAUGUCGCUUCGUCUUAUUAGAGCUAUCCAGUAUAAGCUUUCUCUACGCGUACUGACUGUGAUGAUCGCAAUGGACAGUAAGGGAUGAGUAGUACAAAUGGAUAAAAUACAAAACAAUAAUAGAUACUCCGAAAAUUGAAAGCAUUUUGAAAAAUUUAUUUCGACGUUUCGACUAAACUAUAGUCAUCAUUACCUGAUGAUGACUAUAGUUUAGUCGAAACGUCGAAAUAAAUUAUUCAAAAUGCUUUCAAUUUUCGGAGUAUCUAUUGUUUUGUAUUUUAUCAAAAUACUCAGUGGUUCCCGUAACAAAUGGAUAAGAUUUACCUCAUUUAAACAGCACCAAUUGCCUCAGAACUCUUUUUCAUUAUUCUACUAGGAUGGCCCUUACUGGACCUCUAGCCAGUCUGUGGUUUAAAUAGUAUAAAGUUAUUUUAGGUUUCCUAGGAACAAAGCCAAUCUAUUCAUACUUGUGGUUUUGUUGUUUGUAAAAAGUUAAAAAAUGCAUUGCAAAAUCUUGAAUUUUUAACUUCACAACUUUGAAAAUUAUCUUCCGAGGCUUCGAAAUGCAAUUUUUUUUUGGGGGGGGGUGGCAUGCCCCCAGUCCCCUUCUCUUAAAUGAACGCACCAAUAACAAUUUGCUUACGACGGCAUUGCUUACUGGAACAGAAGGAAGAACAGUUUACAAGUUUUAAUGAGGUUGGCAGUUAUAAGUAAUGAGAGAUCGUUUCGGAUUUGUUUAUGUAUUUAAUAGUUAAGAUUAAGUUUCAAUAAAAUAAAUAUACUUCGAAAGGAUACUGUAUAUACACGUAACAACGCACAAGUUAUUGCAGACUGCAAACAAGUUGCUAGAAAUCUCUUAACAAGUUGUCGACAAGUUGUGUUCGCACUCCUUGUUCCCAGUUGUUGUAACAAGUUUGGAACAAGCUGUUAACAACUUGUAACAAGCUAGCUUGCAAUUGAUAGCAUUAUCAGACUUGUUACAAGGCUGUUCUAACAAAUCUGAUACAGUCAUGAUAUAAGAAGAUCGAGAAUGUUACAAGGUUGGCAGUAUUGUUAUAUCAUGGCUGUAUCGGACCUGUUGGAACAACCUUGCAACGACAAACGAAUCCAGCAAUAUCAACAAUGUUGUUACAAGUUGUUAGCAAGUUGUUCCAUACAACAUGACAACUUGGAACAACUAAUAGGAGUACAACGUGUAGACAGCCUGCUGGCAGACGUGCUACAAGAUGUGAGCUUUUUACGCGUGUAGAUAAGCAAAUGUUCAACUGCUUAACUUACAAACGUUCAACUCCCCAAUAGUCUUCUAUAAGUUAUUAUUUGGCAAAUAUUUGCCAUUCAUUUUUUAUACAAUUUGUAGACUUUGAAGCGAAAGGAACAGCGCCAACAUUUGAAUGAUGGAUUGAUAGAUCAUAGUGGACAACUACUACGGUAUACUCUCGCCAUUGCUUCUCAACUGAACGACUUCAUCCCACGUCCAGAAUAUACAGGCAUGUCGCAGAAAAUCCAAGACGACAUCACUGAG